AUGCUACCACGAGUCGAUGGUGACCGCCCCUUUUUCUUUUUUCCUUUCACAGAUUUUUUUCUGCCUCCAGAACCAUUGGGCCUCCUCCCCCUGGAAGAUUUACGUCCUCUCGUCGUCGACGCUCGCGAACCUGUGCGCGGGCGAGAACCACUCGCUGUUCGAGAUAACUUGCCGCGCUGCUUUGAGCCCAAUGAUGUUGUUGUACCUUUGCUGACAGAGGAAGCACGGCUGGUGGAUCUCGACAUCGUUGUGGAGAGACGUUUUCGUUUUCCCCUGCCACUGCCCCUUGACACGGGUGAAUGCGAACCUGUCGCCCUCCGCCCUUUCUUCAAAGAUGAGCUCCGCCCGGACAACGCGGCGGCGGCUGCUGCUGCUUUCCUUGAACCUCCAGUUCGGCUCAGUUGCUUGCCGUUAAUGGGCGGUAAUGUGUCCUCUGUGCCGCGCCUGCUUCUUCGCUUAUUCAAACCGCCGCUGUGUUUCGCUUGUGCAGAAGAUGGAGUUUUUUGCUGCUUCGGCACUACGGGGGUCUCAGAGGUACUGAGCGAUAGUGAACCGCUUAUGAAAUCCGUGGGACUCUUAUCCAUUGACUGGCCACGCCCAGCCAGGUCACUCCGGUGGUUGGACCACUGA